AUGGACUUGAUUAUGGAUAGUGGCAUCGACUUGCUCCCAGAUAGUAGACUGGCGGAUCUGGAGUAUGCAGACAUUGUACAGCUAAACAAAGAUCCAGGUAAGUUGCAAGCGUUUCUGGAUAGUUUUAGUGCCAGUGUAGCCAUGUUCGCUAUGCGUUUUACGCUUUCAAAGUGUAAAAUGUCGCUCAAAGACUGGGUUGGUUCAGCCCCCAACCUCAAACUAAUUGGAGCUGCACUACAGCAAGUAGACAAAGUUUGCUAUCUGGACAGCUACAUCCCACCUGGCGGACGCAUCACGGAUGAAGUGUCGGCACGCAUAUAG